CGCCGCAGCGCCUCGCCUCCCAGUCAGUGUGAGGCCGUCGCGGUGUAGGGACGUCGCUGCUACUGCUGGCGCUACUGUUAGUGGUCCUUCGUGGUCUCCUGCCGCGUCGCCGUCUGUAGUGAGAGUGAGGCGCCAAAGAGCGCAUGUGUGAUAGUGUUGAGGGCCCCGCGCCAGACGCGUGAGCCACCAUGCCACUUUUCAAGCCCAGGAAACGUGACGAAGGAAGCAAUGGUGUUGACGACAGUAACGCCCAUCACCCAAGUUCCAGGCCGCCCACGAAUGGCCACACACCGCCUCCCGACCCUCCUGUCACGCGGCCUAAGCUAGUCUUCCACUGCCAGCAGGCGCAUGGCUCCCCCACAGGCAUUAUCUCGGGGUUCACAAACGUCAAGGAACUCUACCAAAAGAUCGCCGAGUGCUACGACAUCCCCACAGAAGACAUCCUGUUCUGCACGCUCAACACACACAAGGUCGAUAUGACCAAGCUUUUAGGCGGGCAAAUCGGCUUAGAUGACUUCAUAUUCGCACAUCGGAAAGGUCGACCGAAGGAGGUGGAGAUAACGAAGACGGAGGACGCUUUGGGCCUUACGAUCACAGAUAACGGCGCCGGUUAUGCCUUCAUCAAGAGGAUCAAGGAAGGGUCCGUUAUAGACAGAAUCAAACACAUUGAGGUUGGAGACCAUAUAGAGAAGAUCGAUGGCAAGUCCUUGGUGGGGCAUCGGCACUACGAAGUGGCCAAAAUGCUCAAGGAGAUUCCUCGUGGAACUACAUUUGUGAUGCGUCUUGUGGAGCCCCUCAAGGCUGGCUUCGCUAACAUCGGGCCAAGAUCUGACCCUCGUUCAGGUAGCAAGAAGGGCUAUGGCAGUGGAAAGCAAACUCUUCGUUUCAAAGCAAAUGGCCAAGCAGAGGUUGAGGAUGCGCCUGAUGAUUUAUCAACAUAUGCUGUUGAUAAAAUCAACUCACUUCUUGAAGGAUUUAUGGGCAUAAACGACAAUGAUUUAGCCUCUCAGAUAUGGGAGUUAGGUCAGCAGAAACAGAACACCAUGGAGUUUGCAGAAGCUGUGGACGAAUCUGACCUGGAGGCAUUUGGGUUCACCGAUGACUUCAUCUUUGAGCUUUGGGGAGCAAUUACCGAUGCCAAGGCUGGUAGACUGAAGAAAUAAGAGUCGGUACAAAUGUCAUAGAUACCACAGGAUCUGGAGAUGAAAAUGGAAUGAGUAAUGCAUAUAGUAUAGUGUAAUGUUUACAAGACUUCCAUGAAUAUUGUGUUUUACAUGAACAUUAUAUGGGUUAUACAAACUUUUAUUGUCCCUCUGAGUAUUGAAUUCAAGCAUAAAUAUGCAGAUGCGACGUGACUGUGUGUGUAAUAUUCAGUGGUUAUUGCAGUUUGAAUCAUAAUCCAGGCACUUCCUAAGGGAGAAUUUCUGGUGUCAAUAAAUAUGAUAAUAUUUUUACAUUAUCUGAUACAGAACACUAGCUAAUUCAAGAAAGUGUUUGCUAUUUAGAGUAGUGAAGCUUUUUCAUAAUGAAAGGCAUAUAUACAUAUCUGUAAUGGAAAGACAAGCUAUCAUGAUAUAACAUCUCUCAAAUGUAAUUUUUAAAAUGUCAAUGCUUGACUGGAAUUAAAGUGACAAUUUAUGAUACCUGUUUAUUUAUGUAUAUCUUACAUAUAUACUUAUUUGAAACAACACCACAAUGCAAAGAUAUUAUGAGUAUUUUAUUUUUGUCUUUUUAAUUAAAGCUGCUCUUGGUGUAUGAUUAUCGUUUUGAUUUUGUACGCGCAGUCCACAGAGACAAUAAGUUCGUUAUACAAGUUGCUUUUCAUGUGACUUUUAUAUAGCCAAGUGAGAAACAUGAUAUACAAUAUUACAAGAUGGUCUACUGAGCCUUGUGGUGUGUGCGAGUGUUUGUCAAGACUUUUUUACUUAAAGAAUGAACUCCUCAUCAUUACUUAGGUUUGAUGUACACGUUUAGGAGAAUCAUUUACACAUCUGUUAGAUUUUACACGAUCCUGAUAAUACCAUAUUGCAGAAUGCAUGUGUGAAUGAAUGUUCUUAAUCAUACAAUCAUGAAGUCACCAGUUGAUUCCGAAUCCUCAUAAUUCACACAAUUAUAUACUGAUUAGUAUCUGCAGAAACAUAAACUGUAAUUAAGAGGCCUAAUUUUAUUCAAAUGUGCUCGAAAGUGAUAGGUACCACUUUCUUCACUUUCUGAAAGCUGGAUUAUGUGGAGCAAAAUUACCUUCUUUAGAUAUCCCCUUCCACUUGAAAACUAGUUACAUCCAAACCUUAUGUAAUGCACAGGAAUUUUGGCCAGUGAUAUUGUAAUAGAAAUGGAAAGCAGUUCACCAACUGGAGGAAAAUGAACUAGGAAAGUAUAAAAUAGUUUGAGAAGGACUGAGAAUGCCUGAGAUGUUAAUGGAAUUCAGUAGCAGUAGCCUGAAGUUAUUGUCAUACUGAUAUAUUUUUUCAUUGACCAAAUAGAAUAUGUUUAUUUGGUUCCUUAAACUUAAAGAUAUUUCCAUACUUUGAAUUCCUAUAUUCUUGAUACUGCUAGCUAGAUAUAGUAUGAAGUGGUGACGUCUGGACAGAUUCAACCUUCAGAAUCCCUUUUUAUUUGAAGUGACGUGUUUGUAUUGCUAGAUAAGAUGAAGAUGUCCUUACCACCAGAUUUCCAAUUCAAGUGUAAAGACAGGCAUAAAUGUAGGGUUAUGUUUUUGAGGAAUGCUGAAUGUUCUAGCUGCUACUCUUGUUUUCAUCUGCUUGAGAACUGACAGGGGACCCUAAAUACUGUAAGAAUGGAAGUAACUAUGUUUUCUUUCCACAAAACUUACUAUUCUUUUCUCUUGUGCUAAAGUAUUACUAUUAUACACUGUGAAAAAAAAACAGUUUAAGUUAAAAAUGCAUACACUCAAAAAUGCCUAAUCAUUUAUGUCAUUAUUUAGAAAUGAUUUCAAAUUUGUCUUAUAGGUAAGGUAAUAUGUAUUUAUGUAACUCAGUGAGCAUUUCCUUGUACAGUUAAUAUAAUGAGCUUUGUGUA